UCGUCGAGCGAUCCUCGAUCGUCGAGCAGUUUGGACGGCCCUACCAACAUGUCUAAUAAGCAUAAUUUUAUAAGUUACUUUCAUUUAUCAAUCCGAUUAUAUUUUGAAAAUAUAAAGACUUAGUAUUUCUUCCCUUUGUGCAGCACCAGUCAUAAACCUAGAAGGCUUUGACCUUGAUGAAUUGGAUAGCUACUCCGGCGCUGUCCAAGUCAAACAGGAGGCCAACCCCAAACCAGCAGUCACGUCAAAAGUCACCAGUUCCAAAGCUGUUGUUGUCCCCAAGCCUUCUACCGCUUCAAAGCCUCGUGGCUCUAGCUCUCGUAAAAGGAAGGAGCCAGAUUCCUCUUCUGCAUCGGAUGUCUUCCCUUUUGAGAAUCAUGGAUUCUCGGAGUCCGGCAAGUUCAUGACUGGCUUCCUCAAUCAGGGCCUCGAGCGGCUUGUGCUCCUCUACGAAGAUUCAUGCGGGCUGAACAAGAUGUUAGAGGCUAAGCUGAAGAAGGCUGAAACCACCAUCAUGGACCAAGCAGCAAUUGCCACUGCCAAGUCUGAGCAUUAUGAAGCCAAGUACAAAGCAAUGACCCAAGAGCACCAAUCUGCCAUCAAGAAGAUCACCCACGAGGCUCAAGCCAAGUCUGAUGCUGCCCAGGUUCAACACGAGCAUGAUAUGGCUUCAUAUCGGGAAGGCCUCAAGAAUUCUGUCGUCAUCUCCCUCCUCCAGGCUAGAUUGAAAAUGUCCUAUGAGGCUAAGGCCCUGGGCUUCGAAUGCCCCUCAUGGAAUGUUGAGGCUUGGGAGGUGAAGUUGAGGGAUCUUGGUGGCAAUCUCGUGGAGCAUCAUGUGAAGCUUGUCGUUGAGGAGCCUGCUAAGGUGGCUGAUGCUGAUGCUACAAAGGAUGCUGACGGUGAUGCUGGGAAGGAUGCUGGUGCUGAUGAAGCCAUGGUCGAAGAGGAUGCUGCCCCUUGAAAGCAGCGCAAUGGGCAAUGAUGGAUGUUGACGCCGAGGCCGGAGGCCAUUUUUUAAAUUUGGUGGUUUGUCGAACAAUUUCAAUUUCCUGUCUGUCAAACAUUUUACUUUCCUGCAUGUAGACAGUAUGAUGGCCAAAGGUGGAGUGAUCCUGAGUUUCAGGACGAAGCCCUUGGUCAUCAGUUAGUAUGCUUUAUU